AGCACUUUUUUUCACUGUCUUCCCCUUUCUGCUGUGACGUGUCUCCUCGCACUACUCAGCUCCAGGCAGCAGGAAAAGGACAAUUGUAAAUCCAGCACCAGCUCACCCAGCUCUCCGCCUUUCCUUCAGUGCACACAGGUUUCCUGGGGAGCUCAGCCAUAAAUGAAGUGAUCCAGUUAGUUCUCCAGAUGUGGCCCCAGCCAGGGGAUCUGACACAUCCUUCCAGAGUUCUGAGAGGAUAUGUCCUGGAAGAGAGUAAUGAGUCCACCCCAAUGUUUCAUCCGGCACCUGGACCACCUUGUGUUGACUGUUAAGAGCAUUGAGGACACUGCUGCCUUUUAUUCCAAAGUUCUGGGUAUGGAGGUGGUGACUUUCAAGGGAAAUCGUAAAGCUUUACGUUUUGGCAACCAGAAGUUUAACCUGCAUGAAGUUGGGAAGGAGUUUGAACCCAAAGCUCGAUGCCCAGUUCCUGGCUCUGCAGAUAUCUGCCUUAUCACAGAGGAAUCUCUGGACCAUCUCCUGGGUCAUCUGAAGGCUUGUGGAGUGGCCAUUGAAGAAGGUCCCGUGGCCAGGACUGGUGCUGUGGGUCCAAUAACAUCUGUAUACUUCCGAGACCCUGAUGAGAAUCUGAUUGAAGUUUCUAGAUACAUCACAGAUAAAAAUGGAGCCAGUGGAGGAGAACCAUAACCACGACCCAUUCUCUGCCUGUGUCCCAGCAGGAAGUCUGAUGCAGGGGUCAGCAUUCAUUUUGUAAACAUAGAAUAAGGCUCAGCUCCCAGCUAGAAAUAUAGAACUGCAUGAACCUUGAGAGCUUUCCCAAGACAAGAUCAGCUCUGGCUUGCUUAGCUCUUACCUCUGGAUAUGAACCAUAGAACCACAGAAUCGUAAAAUCCUUAGAGUUGGAAGGGACCUCUGGAGGCCACCUAGUCCAACUCCACAGCAAUGCACAGAUAUACCACAGCUAGAUCAGGUUGCCCAGGACCUUACCCAGCCUCACUUUGAAAGUUUCUAGGCAUGGGGCAUCAACCACAUCACUGGGCAACAGCAAUCAUUGCUGACUACUCCCAUCCCAAGUGAACAAAACCACGUCACUUUUCAAGUCCCUGCAAAAAUCUAGCUGAGGGAGAAAUAGGGUGCUAAGGAGACAGUGGUAUCAGGCAAAGAAAUUCUAAAUUGGCUCCACAUUCAGCCCAGCCUGGCUGUCUAGGGCUGUCACUAUCUGAGUUUCCUCCUUUCUUUAAUUUCUUCAAUUAUUGAAAAGCAUAAAAGAACAAGGAGGGGUUACUUGAGGUUUCUCAAGGAGAGCAGUUCCUCAGCUGGCCACACUGCGGUAGUAAUGUUAUCAUCAAGGAAAUAGAGCUGGAAGACAGAGUGAACUUUUCUGACCUCUACCGUCAAAAUCACCUCUGAAUCAGAAAUUAUCAGCGAAUUGAACUUCUGGGUAUAUCGUAUGAAGCCCACGGUGGAAAAAACCCAAAUCCUAAUAAACACAGUGCUUCCUGUUACCCAAAACUUGUGUCAAUGUCAGUGGCAGGAGAGAAAGCUGCUAGCAGCUCGGAUCAAACCGCCGGUGGGAAUGAACGACAAGCUUUCCCAUGUGAUAUGGAACUUCAGCCUUUGCUUUGCCCUUGGAGAGCAAGAGGGGACCCCUGAGAACGGGGACCGCUGAGAAUGGGGACCUCCGUCCCGGAGCCCCGCGGCCGAGGCCGCUCUCCAGGGUGCUGACGACUUCCAGGAAGCGUAGCUCCUACCGGCCCCACCUCCCCUGCUCUACAACUUCUCCCUGCCCAGGCUCGUGUUCCAGCCCAGCCCCAUUCAUUUUGGGUCUGAGAUUGUCAUCAGUGAUUGCUUACUAGCAGGUGGCCUUCCUGGCUCUGUGCUGGAAGUGUUUAUUUCACUGUGCUUGCGACUGUGGAUAUGGUUGUGAAGAAAGGUCUCCUUUUCUUAAUUUUAUUUAAGUGUACUAUUUCUUGGAACAGCAAUAGAAGGAAGGGUAAUGGAUCUUUUCUUACACAGCUAAAAGGAGAAGUUAUAAAUGUUGAUUGCAUCAUAUCAAUAACUGAAUUAUCCCUUGUUUCAAACAAACUUGCCCAUAGUAUCUACAAGCCAUUUCUUCUCAGACCGAAGACUAAUGACAAUCAAUGAUCUCAGCUUCAGCUCAUCCCCUCCAGCCUCUGCCAGCUUCUGUUGCUUUCCCCCUUAUUUCAAAAGCCAUUCUAUCGUAUAUGUUUGAAUUAAAACUGAAAGACUACAUAA